CAUAUGUAGUAGCUGUAGCAGUAACUCUGGAGGAGUUAGGAGUAGCUGUGUCACACGUAGUCGGCCCUUAUUUCUCUUCUUCUAAAUCGGUAAUCCAAUACAUAUAAUCUAUUUGGGAUAUUGAUUUUGACAUGCGAUUGUACUCGGUAUCUUGCGUUUCUGUUAGAAAUUGAAGUAAACAAUGUGGAAACUGAAGAUCGCAGAGGGAGGGAGUCCAUGGCUGCGUUCGACAAACGAUCACGUCGGCCGACAAUUUUGGGAGUUUGAUCCCACGCUAGGGUCCCUUGAGGAACUCGCCGAUAUCGAGAAAGUUCGACAGACCUUUCAUGAAAAUCGGUUUGAGAAAAAACACAGUUCAGAUCUGCUUAUGCGCAGUCAGUUUGCAAAAGAGAAGUCACUCUCUGUAUUCCCACCUAGAGUGAACAUAAAAGAUGCUGAAGAUAUCACAGAGGAGAAAGUAAGAAACGUCUUACGAAGAGCUAUUGGUUUCCAUUCAACCCUCCAGGCAGAUGAUGGGCAUUGGCCAGGAGACUAUGGAGGCCCUAUGUUUUUAUUGCCUGGUUUGGUUAUUACUCUAACUAUUACUGGGGCACUGAAUGCAGUCUUAUCUAAAGAGCAUAAACGGGAGAUGUGCCGUUACCUUUACAAUCAUCAGAAUAGAGAUGGUGGAUGGGGUCUACACAUCGAGGGUCAUAGCACCAUGUUUGGUAGUGCCUUAAACUAUGUCACUUUGAGAUUGCUGGGUGAAGGAGCUAAUGAUGGAGAAGGGGGGGCGAUGGAGAAGGGGCGAAAGUGGAUUUUGGAUCAUGGUGGUGCCACUUCAAUAACAUCUUGGGGAAAGUUUUGGCUUUCAGUACUUGGGGUAUUUGAGUGGUCUGGAAAUAAUCCGUUGCCCCUGAGAUGUGGGUCCUUCCAUAUUUCCUUCCUGUGCAUCCAGGUAGGAUGUGGUGUCACUGCCGGAUGGUGUAUCUGCCUAUGUCAUACUUAUAUGGGAAGAGAUUGGAAUGAUGCACGCAACCUCUGUGCCAAGGAAGAUCUUUACUACCCACACCCACUCAUCCAAGACAUACUUUGGGCAACUCUUGACAAGUUUGUGGAGCCUAUACUGAUGAGAUGGCCUGGGAAGAAGCUGAGAGAGAAGGCUCUUCGCACUGCGAUGGAACACAUCCAUUAUGAGGAUGAUAAUACUCGCUAUAUAUGCAUAGGGCCUGUAAACAAGGUGUUAAAUAUGCUCUGCUGCUGGGCAGAAGAUCCAAACUCAGAGGCUUUCAAGCUACACCUCCCAAGGAUACAUGAUUAUCUUUGGCUUGCUGAAGAUGGCAUGAAAAUGCAGGGUUACAAUGGUAGUCAACUUUGGGAUACCGCAUUCACCGUUCAAGCAAUUAUUUCUACAAACCUCAUCGAAGAGUUUGGUCCAACACUGAAAAAAGGACACAUGUUCAUAAAGAAGUCACAGGUGUUGGAUAACUGCCCUGGCGAUCUUGAUUAUUGGUAUCGUCAUAUUUCAAAAGGUGCUUGGCCUUUCUCAACGGCAGAUCACGGAUGGCCCAUUUCAGAUUGUACUGCAGAAGGGCUCAAGGCGGCACUCUUGCUUUCAAAAUUGCCAUCAAAAAUUGUUGACGAGCCAUUGGAUGCAAAACGGCUGUAUGAUGCUGUCAAUGUUAUUUUAUCUUUACAGAAUUCUGAUGGUAGUUUUGCAACAUAUGAACUUACAAGAUCCUACAGCUGGUUGGAGUUGGUGAAUCCUGCUGAAACUUUUGGUGACAUUGUUAUUGACUACCCAUAUGUAGAGUGCACCUCGGCUGCGAUUCAAGCUCUGGUGGCAUUCAAGAGAUUGUACCCUGGGCAUAGGCGAGAAGAGGUACAGCGUUGUAUUGAUAAAUCUGCAGCCUUUAUCGAAAAAAUCCAAGCACCAGAUGGUUCAUGGUAUGGUUCGUGGGCAGUUUGCUUCACGUAUGGCACAUGGUUUGGAGUGAAAGGCUUAGUGGCUGCUGGAAGGAACUUCUCUAACUGCUUUAGCAUUCGCAAGGCUUGUAACUUUUUGUUGUCCAAACAACUUGCUUCUGGGGGAUGGGGGGAGAGCUACCUCUCUUGUCAGAACAAGGUGUACACCAAUCUUGAGGGAAAUCGCUCUCACGUGGUAAACACGGGAUGGGCUAUGCUAGCUCUCAUUGAUGCUGAGCAGGCCAAGAGAGAUCCAACGCCAUUGCACCGUGCAGCAAGAGUAUUGAUUAAUUCUCAGAUGGAAAAUGGAGAUUUUCCACAACAGGAGAUCAUGGGGGUUUUUAACAGGAAUUGCAUGAUUACUUAUGCUGCCUACAGAAACAUCUUCCCUAUUUGGGCAUUAGGAGAAUACAGAUGUCGAGUACUUGAGGAGAAAUCCAUGCUAAGCUAAAUUUAAAUCUAUAUGUGUUGGAAUUUAAUCUUCUAUUCAUUCAAAUCGAGAAGAAAGGUUUGAAAUGGUCUCUUUUAUUAUAACUAUUCAAUGCUGAUGUGUUUGAGCAACUGAAGGGAUGAGGUGGUUCUGUCAAAAAAAAAAAAAAAAAAAAGGAUUUCUUGUUUUCAUUGAUUUUUUGUAUGGUUUUAGAUAUUUUACAUUGUUGGGGACCACCUUCCUAGUAUGAGUAUGACGUUAAUUAUAUUUAUAUUGUGUGCCCGGUUGGUUGAAUACUCUUCUGCUUCCAUAACUGCAAAUUUGUAC